UUUCUUAGACGCGUAAUACUCUGUUUUAUUUUGUUUUGUAGUCUAAUCAGUAAUUACCUCUCAAGGCAUAAAUUUUUUGUAUUAAACAAAGCCAUUUAAAUUUAAAUAAUGCUGAAACAAUAGAGGAAGCAGCCUGUUGCAGCUGUUGUUGAAAUCAAGCGGAGUAAAUGAUCUGAAAGUUGUGCGGGCAAACUCCACACCCUGAACGGACUACACUUAACACACCCUGAAACUACAGAAUGCCAUCAAACGAUGACACCGAGAGGCUCCUGGACAGCACCCAGGAUGAAGAAAAUGAUGUUGGAACGGAGGGCAGCUUUGUGCCUGCCUUCCGUCCGCAGGAUCACCAGCAGCAGUACAACCUGGCGGAUGAGCGAUAUUUGCACGAAAGGACCCAGGAUGAAGUAGUUCUGGUCUCCAAUGAACCCACCAGCGGUAGACUCUUCACCUAUUUUGUGUUCUAUCUAUUGGGAAUUGGAACAAUGACACCCUGGAAUUUUUUUGUGACGGCGGAAGAUUACUGGAAGUACAAAUUCCGUAAUACCUCGAUCAAUGCCACAGAUUUGGACGAGGAACUCACCCCGCUGCAAAAAAGUUUCACCUGUGAUUUGGCAUUGACCGCCACUAUUUCGGGAACAACUUUCCUGAUUCUCAAUGCCAUUUACGGGCAUCAUGUCUCCCUGCGCACUAAGAUGCUGGGCACCCUUUGGAUGAUUCUGGUCUUGUUUGGGAUAACCACAGGUUUCGUGGAGAUCAAUACGGACAAAUGGCAAGAGCAGUUCUUUUUGAUAACUCUUGUGAUUGUGGUUCUGCUGAAUAUUUCGGCAGCUACCAUGUCAGGAGCUUUGUACGGUGUCGCUGGCCUGUUUCCGUCUGAGUUCAUCACAGCUGUCGUCAGUGGACAGGCUCUUGGUGGCAUUCUCACAGCGCUGGCUUUUAUACUCGUGCUUGCAUUUGAUACUGGUCCGAACACUACUGCCUUUAUAUUUUUCAUAUUUGGUGGAGCACUCAUCCUGCUCUGCAUCGUGUGCUAUGUGAUCCUGGCUCGUAGGCCAUUUUUCAAGUAUUAUCUGGAAGGUGGCGACAAGUACAAGGUGAUUAGUGCCGUGCCCUCGCACAGUCCCAAUGACGGAGCCGAAGGUGUGCCCUUGGAACCGAUAAUGCGUCAGGUGAUGUCGAAAAUCUAUUUACAUGCCAGCUGCCUGGCAUUGUUGUACACCACCACGCUCUCCGUUUAUCCGUCGGUUACAGUGCUCAUGCAAUCGGAGUAUGGACACAGCGAGUGGACAGAUGUCUACUAUCUUCCGGUGGUCAACUAUCUGUUCUUCAACUGUGGCGACUACUUUGGACGUCUUUUGGCGGGCUGGUGGGAGCGACCAAAGAACCAAGGCACUUCACUUCUUAUUACCAUCGUGCGUAUGGUCUUCAUUCCUUUCUUCUUGUGCUCCAACUCCAGUGAGCACCAGUUCCUGCCUACUCUGGUCAAGCACGACUACACUUUUAUCGCCAUGAUAAUCGUAUUUGCCCUGUCCAACGGCUAUCUAACCAAUAUACUGCUCAUAUCGGCGCCCAGGAGCGUCAAACAGCACGAGAAGGAACUGGCUUCCUCCAUUAUGGCCGCUGCCUUGAGUUGUGGCAUGGCAGUGGGAUCGUUUCUCAGCCUGGUAUUCGUUCAGAUGCUGUGAUACUUGCAACUGCCAGGAAUUUUAACGAGUCUGCAAAAUGGUGCCUUAGAAAAUUAUAUAAUCAAAAGGUUUUAUAAUUUUGUGUUACCUGAUCUUGAUUUCAUAUCAUUAGCGCUUAGUGUUUUUUAUAUCCCGACAUCUUCCCCAUUCUAAUUCAAUUCGAUUUGUAUAGAUUUGAGAUUCUUGUUUGUCAAUUUUUGUCUAAUCUUUAUAAUAACUUCAAGGGCUAACGAUAAGUUUAUAAUUUUGCCAAGCCGAUCAAUUUUAAUGUAAAAAAAGGCUUUAGUUUCUUUUGGUUUAACGUUUAUUUUUAGGAUUUUUUGCGGAUCACAACAACAAUGGUGAUUAAUUUUAUUAUUUUUUUAUUUAGACAUUUUUUUUAUCGAUUUAUCUAAUGAACUCCAUUGUAAACACUGACUGUUUGACUUUAAUUGAUUUAAAAUGUACAGAUUAAUUGUUUUUAAACGCCCUGAACUGUCAAGAAUUUAGUACAUUGAUUUAUCCUGUAAUUGUUUGAUUUUGUAAUUGUUAAAUUUGUAAUAGUUGAAUCAAAGCUGAAUGUUUUAAAAUCAUUUUACAAUUUUAAGUCAAUAAAGUGGAAUAGUUAUAGAUUUACUUAAAUAUACAUUGAAAAUA